AUGGCGAAUCUCAUCCUAUUGGCGAACGAUCGCAAGAGACCCAUUCAGGACUAUGCAUCGCCUAACCUCCAUAAUUUCUCAACAGGAAUCAUGAGGCACGCUCUUGACGAAUCAAGUAUUCCCCAUCGAAUCGUGAUGGAUAAUGGGAGACAAUUCUCCAACAGUUUGAUGGACAGGCUGUGUGAAAAAUUUAAAUUCAAGCAAUACAAGUCAUCCAUAGAUAACGCCGCCGCAAAUGGGUUGACUGAGGCAUUUAACAAGACAUUGUGCAACCUGCUGAAGAAAAUUGUUUCUAAGUCGAAGAGAUAUUGGCAGGAGAAGAUCGGUGAAGCGUUGUGGGCUUAUCGUACCACUCACUGUACCCCUACAGGAGUCACCUUGUACUCUCUCGUUUAUGGGGUAGAAGCUGUCCUUCCUUUGGAAAGAGAAAUUCCAACGCUAAAAAUGGCGGUGCAAGAAGGGCUAACUACAGAGGACAAUGCCAAACUGCGGCUCCAAGAGUUGAAAGCACUAGAUGAAAAAGAUUAG